AUGUUUUCGAAGGAGGAAGAUUACUUCGACAAUGAGUAUUACACGAUAAAUCUUCAAUUUUUUCGUUUAAUUGGAUUACGCCAAAAGACGUCAUUUAAGAACAUAAUUCACAUUUGUUUUAUUAAUUUCAUAUUAGCUUUUGCAUUAUUCGAACAGAUGAAAAAAAUUCUUUUUCGUAUCAAGUCCGAUUGGGAUGACCUAGCAGACAAACCAGAACUAGUGAUACUGAAGAAAUAUGCUGAAAUUAGUAGACUUUGUACAAUAGCAAUGGCAAUCUCCUUUUAUCUUUAUAUUAUAUUUUUCAUAUUUCCAUCAUUGUUAAGUGUCUUUCGUUAUGUCAGUGGUUCUAUAAAUGAAACGGAAUUAAUAUUACCAGUUCGUGUUGACUCUAUCAUGAACAACCGAAUGCUUUACUACAUCUGGCUUAUAAUCGAAUAUGUAAUAAUAUUAAACGCGGGCAAUGUAGGGAUUGCUAAUUAUUCCAUGUUUAUAGUAGUUAUCCAGCAUGCUUGUGCACUUCUUACCAUCGUCCAAUGGAGGACAAUUGAAAGAUUUGUAAACAAUCAACAAAGUUUUAACUAUCUGAAUAAUAAAACUAUAAAAAUCGAUGAAAGAGAACGGAUGAUCCAUAUCAUAAAAUUCUAUAAUAACGCGAUUGAAUUUAUUGAUUUAUUGAAAUCGUUUUACGAACCAGUUCAUUUGCUCGAAGAAUUCUAUGGAUUUAUAUUUAUUUUGUUAUUUCAGAUAAUUUCUUUAACUCUUAAUAUGACCGAAGGAUUGACAAAGUUCUUAUAUAUUUUUGGAUCUCUUUCUCUGAUAUAUGCUUACUUUUAUCUGGCGCAAAAUUUAAUAAACCACAACGUCAACGUAUUUACAAUAUUCUGUCAAAUUCCAUUUUAUUCGUUAUCUUUGAAGACGCAAAAUUUGUUACUCGUUUUGAUAAUGAGAAGCAUGAGGCCAUGCAAUUUAUCGGUGAAGGGUGCUAUUGUUGUAUCCAAUGACUUUUUUGCAACGUUCAUGAGUAAGUCAUUCUCUUUUGCUAUGGUAUUGUAUACCUUGCAAUAA